AUGAGUUCAACAUCUUCGACGGCCGCCGUCGAGAGCGGAACCGUGCCAAUGGCUCGGAAAUCACCGCCCAAUGGCUCCACCAGCAGAGCUUCCCUUCAACCUCCAAACGGCGCUCCUAGGCGUCCUAGAGGUCUCAGACGGAAGACUCCACAGCCAGAACCAGUCUCGCGGCCAUUGACCAUGGCUUCCAUUGCUCAAUAUAUCGUAGAGCACCAGAUUAGCCUCAGUGCUAUCCCUAUCGCUACCCUUCUAACGCUUCAUUUCUCAUCUCCUGUUGAUUCUAGCAUUCACAGAUGGACCUCGAAGUUCUGGACCCCAAGCUACUACAAUCCUCAAACAGGUCUAUAUGGCCAGGGCCUCGAUGACGCUUAUCUCGUCCUCUUCUGGGUCGUAAUGCUCACUAUGUUACGCGCCUGUCUAGUCGACUAUGUCGCCAAACCAUGGGCCAGGUCACAAGGGAUAUCUAAGAAGGGGUGCAUGAGGUUUUCAGAACAACUGUGGAGCAUGCUCUAUUACACCAUUUCGUUUAGCAUCGGGAUUAAACUCCUAUCCGACACAAAAUAUUUCUUCAACUGGAAAGAAUUAUGGGCUGGCUGGCCUCUCAGAGACAUCUCGGGCCCUCUCAAGUGGUACUACCUUGUCCAAUCUGCCUCCUGGAUCCACCAAAUCUACGUCCUCCAUGUUGAAGAACGACGAAAAGACCACUAUCAAAUGUUUGCACAUCACAUUAUCACCUGCACCUUAGUUUAUUGCAGCUAUAUUUAUCAUAUGACCCGCGUCGGACACGUUAUUCUCUGCCUCUUCGACUUUGGCGACAUUUUGCUGCCAGCUGCCAAAAUCCUCAAGUACCUAAAAUUCCGAACAACCUGUGAUGCCGCUUUUGGUCUCUUCCUUCUAUCUUGGGUAUACACUCGCCACUACCUUUUCAUUGGCGUCAUCCUUUCUGCUCAAAGAGACGCGCUCGACCUCGUCCCGGUCGGCUGUUUCAGCCCCGAUAACUCUGUCCUUACUCCGAUUGACGCUUCCUCUCCAAGCGCAUGGACCAUGUUUACAAACCCGCAGCCGACAAUUUGUUUCACUAAGGAAAUCUUAAUGGGCUUUGUGGUGCUACUCUGGGGUCUACAAGCACUUACAUGUAUGUGGUUUUAUUUGAUUAUGAGAGUAGCUGUCAAAGUUGUCACCGGUAUGGGUGCAGAAGAUAACAGAAGCGAUGAUGAAGUUGAGGAGGAGGUUGACGAGGUCAGCGUAGAGGUUGAUAUCUUAAACGGCGAUCUGAAGCUAGCCCAGGAUAUCUAUGCGGAGUCUAGUGGAAGCGCACUCAAUGGCAGUGCUGCAGCUAGGAGAAGACGAGAACUAGUCAAUGGGACACCAUUGAGAGAUGUUUUCAGCGCUGGAAUGGCUGGACAGAGCCAGUUUAUGGCUGCCCAGAAGCUCGCAGAAAGCAAGAUUGGCUGCGGUGGUGAUGAUCGUUAA